GCUAAAAGUCACCACGACGGUUGCUGUCUGUGACGAGAUUGGUUCGGGCUGUGCAAGGAAAGGAUAUAGAAAUCCGUUCCAACAAGAAGGUGCUACGGAAUCUCCAGCUUGUGAAGUUCCACGCGGACCAUUAGCACUUGGAGCGAUGGAAGAAGAUUGGGAGCAACUGGCUGAGCAGAAAGGGGGCGAGCCGUUCCCCCCCGCGGCCGUGAACAAAUGGGCUGGUGAAGACGAAGAUGAUGUAAAGGAUAACUGGGAAGACGAUGACGAGGAGGAAGAAAAGAAAGAUGAACCAAAGGGGGAAACGCCCACGAAGGAUGGAAAACCGAAGAAAACGGCACAACAGAAACUUCUAGACAAAGAGAAAUUGAAACAGGAAGCAGAACGGCGACGGACGGAGGAGGAACGGGAAGCCAAUCUCACGCCGGAACAGCGGGCCGCCGAAAAGCGGCGGCUGCAAAAGCUACAGGAAGAGAAUGACCUGAAGACGGCGAUGGAAACGCUAGGAAUCACGUCCAUGUCAAGUGGCGCUGGUGGUAUCGAUGGAAUGCAUCCGACUAGCAAGGAAGAGUUUAGUGAAUUGGCGGAAGCGAUUAGCAAAAAGUUUGCAAACUAUCGAGCCCACAGCGAGUACCAGGGAUUUUUGGAAGAGCUGCUACUGAAAGUGUUUGCCAGUUUAUCUUCGGCGGAUAUUCGAAAGGCAAAGAACACACUGGAUAACCUGUACUUGGAGAAGCAAAAGGUCGAGAAAGGUGAUAAACCAAAGAAGACCAAGGGUAGCAAAGUGAAGGUCAAACUGCGCGUCGAAGGUGACAACUCGACGCUCAACGAGUACACCAACCAGUAUGACGAUUACGACGAGUUUGAUGAUUUCAUGUAACGGCGACCAAUCGUACGAAGGCAAUAUCCGCCGCCGCAGCCGUUCACCAUCAGCGCCAUCAUCGCCAUCGUCAUAACAGGGAAUGGCGUCAACCACACCCCGUAGGAAGCCGAGCAAGGGCUAAAGUUACGUAUUUACAUUACACGGUGUAUUCUCUUGUCAGUGUUCCGGUAUUUUGUUAUUUUGUUAAAUUCAAUUUGUCUACCCUGUCUUACUCAACAUGACACCGUCACCGGUACGUUACGCAUGGAACGUUGUUUGAAAUAAGAUUAAAAAAAUAAUAUAGGAUAGAAAAUAUUUACAAAACAGUAAAAAAGUAGAAAGAAAACGAAAAAACAUCGUAACACAACAAUAACAACCAAUGGAUAAAUCUACCUUCAACACAACUUCGGCACUUACGUACGUAGCGUUUGUUCUUUCAGGGGCGGAUGCAUAUAACUAGAAUAUGCUUCCGCGCCAAUCAUAUUCAUAACGGUUUGCAGCAGGCGAAAAUGUGUAAAACAUAAAAAAACAAUAGCGACUCGAUUGUAAAUAAAGAAA